AUUUACCCAAAGCAUCCAUAUCCAAAAUGUCCAUAUCCAAAAUGUCCAAUUCCCCCCUAAUUAAACACAUCUACACGGCCGACCCCUCAGCCCACGUCUUCAACAACAAACUCUACAUCUACCCCUCCCACGACCGCGAAACUGACAUCCAAUUCAACGACAAUGGCGACCAAUACGACAUGUCCGACUACCACGUCUUCUCCAUAGACUCCAUCUCCGGACCCGUAACCGACCACGGCGUCGUCCUGGCCCUCCCCGAGGUCCCCUGGGCAAGCAAACAGCUCUGGGCCCCAGACGCCGCCACCAAAAACGGAAAAUACUAUCUCUAUCUCCCCGCACGCGAUAAAGAAGGCAUCUUCCGCAUCGGCGUAGCCGUCGCCGACAAACCAGAGGGCCCGUUUCAUUCCGAGCAGAGCUUCAUCCCUGGGAGUUAUAGCAUCGAUCCCGCUUCAUUUGUGGAUGCGGAUGGCAAGGCAUACCUCUACUUCGGCGGUAUUUGGGGCGGCCAGUUACAGUGCUGGUCAAAGACAACCCCAGACGAAGAUACUUGGGUCUUUGAUGCCUCGAAACAGGGGCCCCAGGAGCCCUCGGGGGCGGGUGAGAUCGCUCUGAAUCCACGUGUCGCGCAGCUAACGGAUGACAUGUUGGGUUUUGCGACCCCCGUCCGGGAACUAGUUAUUCAGGAUGAGAAUGGGGAGCUGAUCAAGGCGGAUGAUCAUGAGAGGCGGUUUUUUGAGGCUUCUUGGAUGCAUGUGUAUCGGGGGAAGUACUAUUUUAGUUAUUCGACGGGGGAUACGCAUUUUAUUGCGUAUGCGGUUGGGGAAAGUCCGUGGGGUCCGUUUAGGUAUCGCGGGAGGAUUUUGGAGCCGGUGCUUGGGUGGACGACGCAUCAUUCUAUUGUAGAGUUUGGGGGGAGGUGGUGGAUUUUCUAUCAUGAUUGUGAGAUUUCGGAGGGGGUGAACCAUUUGAGGAAUGUUAAGGUUAGGGAGAUUGAGUAUGAUGAAAAGGGAGAUAUUUAUUUGGUUUAAUGAGUGAGGGGGAUUGGGGGUGGAUUGUAUUUGUAUAUAUUUUGCGAUUGAUUGAUAUGAUAUGAUAUGAUGCUUGCAAAGGAUGGUUCAGGGUUAAUGCGCCAUUC